AAAUUGCAAAAUUGCAAAAAGUUUUGGAAAAGUCCUACCAAAUGUUAUUUUAAGAAUAUUAAAUAAAAACCGAAAUGUUGCGGCAGGAGAACUUGGCGGCCAACUUCUGCGGUCUACUGGCCACCCAGGGCUACAAAGAGAAGGCAAACGAGUGGCGCAUUUUGGGUCAGGAACAGGAUGGAUCCCUGCUCACGUCCUGGAUAUUCGAGUACUCGGAUGAGGAGCAGCGAAAGGAGACUUGCAUCGGCCACUUUCAUGCCACCAAAAAGCAGUUGCGACUCCUUUGGACCCUGGACAAAUGCUGCGAGAUUGUCCAGGCAACGAUCAAUAGUAGUGUCACAUUGCUAUCCUUUGUGGAGAAAACCGAGGGAAAACUAUAUCAGGCGUUUAUUGUGGAGGUGCGCAGCUCGGAGGGCGGCACGGCCACGCCCCUCAACCCGGAGCCCACACCCCGCCAGGUGAUGACCCAGUUUCUGUGGCGAGUGGAGAGCGCAACGCGCACCUGCUGGCAGGACAAGCUCCUGGUGCUCACUCACGAGGAAUCCAUCAAGCAGUUUAGCUGCGUGGUGAAACAGAGCUCCACGACAUCUUCGACUGGCGGCGGCGAGGGCAGCGCCUGGCGGCUGGACACCAGCAUUCUCACCCACGAAACGCUGGCCAAGAACUUUAGCUGGGCCCAGUGGGAUCCCGAAUGUCAGGCCCUCUACUACAUCCACCUGAAGCCGAAGGCCAAGAGCCUUAGCCUGCUGGACGAAAGGGAGGAGUCUGGCGAGGAGGUUGCCCCCACUUUGAGUCCCACUCUCUCGGCCUUCCAGUUCAACGAGAAACAACCCACGGAAACUGUGCUGAACAUACCCCUCAAUUUGCCGAAGCUGCCCAAUGGCUCUAAGGAAGAAAAUCCAAGCUAUGAUGACGAUGCGGUCCCGCUGCGCGUGCACGAUAGUUCGCUGAAUCUCAUCAUUCUGGCGGACACCUCGGGAAUGUUCUUCGUGUGCCACUACUAUCUAUACCAGCCGAUGCAGUCGGAGCAGAAGGACGUUCAUUUUGCCUAUUCGGUGACUUUACUUCACCACGGCUGUGUGGUGCACUGCGUCAUGCCAGGAGUACCCUGGCAAAAGGCUCGUCUGCUCAGGCCUACCUUCGCGCUUCAUGGUCAGCAUCAUCUGCUAGUGUCGUCCGCCUUUUUUGUGCAUUUACUGGACGUGGGACUACAGCACGAACCCAACUGCCAUAUCGUUUGUGCGGCGCACAAUCGAAGCCCCGAUAUCACCCACCUAGUGCCUUUGCGAAAGUGGGGAGCCCUGGCCUAUGAUGUGGCCACCUUGGAUCUUGUCUCCUUGUCCGUGCCCAAAUCCCAUUUGAUCGAGGCCUUUCGGAAUGACAGUUCGCUGGAUAAUCGAAUUAGCAUAAUUCACUACUUUUUGCUGCACUCGAAUGACAUGGAUGUGCUGGCCGAGCUACUGAAUAGUAUCCUGGAACGACCACUUUCCUUGGAUACGGUGGCCCUGCUGAAAGAAGCCCUUGUGGCAGGAAGCUAUGCAGCUGCUGUUCGCGGAUUGCCAGAGGACGCCAAGCCAUUGAUGAGACUACUACCUUUGACCACUGCUGUAGCCUCACGACCAAUUCACGCCAAAGUAGCUGAUAUAAGCGUGGGUCUGUCACUUGAAACGCUGCAUAACACCAGCAUGAUGCUGCUCUCGCCACAGCAGCGACUCUCACCAUAUCGCACGGAUAUCUGGACCAGAUUGUGGGAUCUUCUCAACGAGUCGGCGAAGCAGGAGCAGCCCAGAUUCAGUGCUGAGCAGGUAACCGAGAAGUUAAUCUUUAGCCUGGCCUGCUAUCAGCCGGAGGCACUUUCCAGAUGCACCACGCCGCUUUCACCGGAUGCGGGUACUGGUGGCUUUGGCGACUAUAGCAGCGGAAGUGCCUUUCCGUUCAGUAACGAGGUUCUGCCCUUCAUCGAACUGGAGGGAUGCACGGCCAGCAAGCAGGAGCAUGUCAUCUCUGUGUAUCUGCGCGAGUUGAGCGUCCACUUGGUAAAACACUCUUCGAAACCUCACACUGGAUUCCGUUGGCUAAAGGAGACCUUCUUCGAGCGCUCUCAGGCUCCAGCUCAUGUCCACGCGGUGGCCUCGCAGUUUGUUUCCUCGCAGCUGGAGCUGUCGCGUGCUCUGUGCUCCCUGGUUUGUCGAGCUGUGGGGCUCGAUGCUCGCAUGGAGACCUUGAGGGGCUUUCAGUUGAUUGACCAGAUGGCGGCCAACCAGCAGCACUCGCUGUUCCUCAUUCUGGAGCGUUAUUGUCUGGCUGUGGAGUCGAUUGCCUUUCCCCUGCCCGAGGGCUUUUCCUCGUUUUUCACCUAUUUGGGCUAUAGGGCCUUGGGCUAUGACAUGUUCCUGCAGUAUGUGGAGAAUCAUGUGUUCGAACUGCAAGUGGAUGUGAUGAAGGCCAUUGUUUUUGACAUUGAAGACUCCCCACUAGGCAUUGAGCGAAAGCUGUCUCUUUUGUCGGCUCUUCCAAAACAAAGGGCUCAAAGGCUGCUCAAGUGCUGGCAGCAUCCGGAUAGCCUUAUGAUUCGUGGCCGUGAGCAUGCGGCCAAUAUUCUUUCUGGUCAGCAGCAGGAGGUGCUGCACCAGCAGAGACCAUCGGCCUGUGCGAACCAAUCGCGGAACAAUGCGCGUAGCGAUCUUACUGCCGAAGCCCUGACGCCACUGGACUCCUUUCUUGACUUGCUGACUGCCAAGGCUAGUCUCAACGAAUUGGACUACAAUCUGCUAAUUGAAACGACUUUGAGCUCCAUCGAUCAGCUGAAGGUGGAGGGCUAACGUGCUUGCACUUUAUUUUAAGUAGAAUUAAAAUAAGUAUGGUAUUAUAUACGUGAGGAUUUGUUAACUUGAGGCCAGUUCACAGAUAUUCCAAAGAUUUGAUGUGUCAAGUUUAUGCACUAAGAUUUUCCAUGUGCAGCUAAAUGUAUUUAUUGUUCAGUGUGCUUUUUUGUAUCACUUUCCGGUUCCUAUUAUAUGUAGAGGCUUACAUAUAUACACAUUCCAUGUCUAUUAUUAUGUAAUUCAUGUUGUAAGUUAAUGUACCCACACAAUCGUGUACGUGUUUAUUUAUACUGUAUUUAUUUUAUGUUAAUGUAAAACCAAUGAGAGCUUUUGGCUUAAAUAAAUUAACGAUUUAUUAAGUAUGUGUAUGAAUUUAAUAAUUCGCUUUUUAAAAAGUGUAGCUUUAAUUUAAAAUUAAAUUUAAAUCCUGCCUUAGGAUGCAAAAUGAAUCCUGUUUUUAAUCCUGAAUUUAUAUGAAAAUGUUUUUAUUUUUGAGCAGCAAAGUAAAAUUUAGGUAAUAAGGUAUCUGGCGGCAAAUCUGUUUUCGUUUUUUCUUGUGUCCCUUAAAACUCCAAUUAAAAGACUUACUAUUUUACGACUUCGUGGCAGCCCCACACAGAAAAGUUAACUAAUUUUCGUAAAUUAUUUGACAAAUAUCAUAGCAGCUUAUCACCCGUACAAAAUAAAAACAUUUCAGAAAAAUUUUUCGAUGGUAAAAUUUAUACCGUCGAGCAGGAGACAAUUUUUGUGGAACAUUAGUGUCAGAGCAGAAAAACGUAGAACUGGGAAUCUCCUUUUCCAAACACCAAUACAACGCUUUUUAAAAUUUCGAGUGCUAAUUUGAAAUUCAUUAUAAAGUUUUUCAGCUACUGAACGUGGAUUUAGUAAUGGAUUCAUUUAACGUUUUAAAGAAAGAACGAGAAAACGAAAACGGAUUUUUAGUUCGAUAAAAUGUAUGCUUCACUUAGCU